AAAAUUUAAUCUAAAAUUCCACUUUCGUCUGAAACAUCAUUUCAACAUGACACCUUUUCUCAUUCUUUUCGUUAUAACCCUGGUGAAUUGCGAAGGUAUUAGCAAUGGUACCAAGUGUGAUAAUUUUCAGGCCAACUUUAAUUUGAAGGAUGUGAUCGGAGAAUGGCAGGUGGUGGCUAUUAUUCCUGAAAAAUUGUUCCCUGAGAAACAGGUUACAUGUUACAAGGUGGAGAUUAGUGAAACUGAUGGGGCUAGUCUAAGAUGGCUGAUAAACAAAACAGUAGAAUCCCCCAAGAAACUGAUGCCCAAAGAUUCAAAAGGGUUCAUAGUACGUCAGCGUUACCACACAGAGAACCCGUUCGAUGUCUGGUCCAAAUCCAUAGAAGGAGUGAAUGGAUGCUUCCAGCAAGUCAUCUCUCUGGAUAUUGGCAAGAAUGAUAUACAUAAAGCCUUAAAACAUGACGCGAUGAUGCAGCUCCAUCUCCUGCAAGUGGAAGGAUCGAAGCCGUUUCUGAUGCAAAUGUUGUGGGGAAGAAUGAUAGCGGUGGUCAUCUACCGGCGGAAACAGGGGGUGACUCAAGACGAACUAAAACCUGUGUUUGAACUCAUAAACAAGUUACGUGGACCUCAGAGAUUACCGAAGAUAUGCGAAAAUCCUUUACGAGAUAUUCUAGUGUUUUAAAUAACUAUACUUAAGGACAGUAUUUUUUUAUUUUUGUAACUUUGUAACCUACACACUUACUAAAAAAAUUCUUUUGAAUAAAAAAGCGCAUGCAUGUAGGAUCAUCACUUAAGAAUGCUGAUUAUUAAUUAUUGUACGAAUAUAAAAAAAAUAUGUUGAUAAUUGAUGUUUUUCAGGUCUGCUAAUGUCGAUAAAUAAAACUAAACAAACCCCAAA